AUGUCAUUCCUCGCUAUCGAAGGCUACCACGCUUUCGUAACGGGAGCUCGAGGUGGUAUUGGGAGUGCAAUUGUGAAGGAGCUCGUUGGUACGGCGAGAAGCAGUAUCUGCACGACUCUGCACUAUCAGACCUGACAACUACUCGUGUAGCAAACGGCUGCAAAGUCACUGCCCACGACCUCAAACCGGUCCCUUCAUCCGAACAGAAUCCCAACAUCUUCCACAUCCAAGGCGAUAUCUCUUCGGAGGAAUCCAUUUCCUCCAACAUUACUACGGCAGCAUCCCGCCUCGGACCCAUCAACAUCCUCUGCGCCAACGCGGGCAUCACGAACGAAGCUUCCCACCCCAACAUCUGGGAACUGGAUCUCGAAACCUGGGAGAAGACCUACGCCGUCAACGUUCGCGGAACCUUCCUCACGAUCAAGCAUUUCCUCCAACACGCCCUCCAAGCCCAGACCACCUCCGGCAAAGCACUAGAAAACCUCUCCAUCGUCGUGACAGGCUCCGAAUGCGGCAAAUUCGGCCAGGCCGGACACGCCGACUACGCUUCGGGGAAAUCCGCCCUGCAGUACGGUCUCGUCCUGACGGUCAAGAAUGAAAUCGUCCGCAUCAAUCCGAGAGCGAGGAUUAAUGCCGUGGCGCCCGGAUGGGUGGAUACGGAACUGAUUGGGGAGAGAUUAGAUGACCCGAGGGAAUUGUGGGCUGAAGCGCAGGGCACUGUGCCUUUGAGGAAGAUCUCGAAGCCGGAAGAUGUGGCGAGGCAGGUUUGCGUGCUGGCUAGUGAGAGGGUGAGUGGGCAUGUGAGUGGACAGGUUGUCAGUGUUGAUGGGGGGAUGGAGGGGAGGGUCGUUUGGCGGGAAGGGGAGGUUAGGGAUGGUGGGGAGGGGUAUUGGGGGAGGAAGACGUAG